AUGCAGCAACAGCAGCAGCAGCAGCAACAUUCGCAGAUGAACCACCAUCAGCAUCAGCAGCAGCAGCCUCCGUCGGCGCCGCCCCCACACCACCAUCAUCAUCAUCAUCAUGCGCAUCAUCCAGCGGCGUCGGCCGGCCCACUGCACGGCAUGCCCCAUGGCGGUCCGCCCCAUCUGCAUAAUCUUGCCGCGCAGCAGCAACAGCCACCGCCGCAACAAGGUGGCCCGCAUCAGCAGCAUUACCAGCAGCACCCGCAUGCCCAGCAGCAGGCGCAACAGCAGCAGCAAAUGACCUUUGCCGAGACGACCAAGUCGACGAUUCUGAAGACGGCGGCUGGCGGCGUCGGCGGUGGUACUGGGGCCGCUGCGGCCGGUGGAGGGUACGUGCUGCAGGAGAACUACUACAACUCGACCACGGCAGCGGCGGCCUCGUCACUGAUCGGCCACUCACCGUACGGUGUGGGAACGGUCGUUCCGCCGAUCGGUGCCGGCGCGGCUGGCGUUGGUGCGGCAUGUGCAGCGGCUGCUGCGGCCGCCGCUAUUUCGGCCAGCAAGCCCCGGUUUAAGCUGUAA